AUGGUCAAUCCAGAGGGACAAGUCGAGCCUUCUGUCAUUCCACCGCUUGACCCUGCCCUGCUUCGUCUCUCGGACGAAGAGCACGCUUUCCUUCGGGCUGCGAUAACCGAAGAUGAGGAGGUGCUCAAAGCGCGAAUCUACGAUGUGCAGAAGCGAGCAUACGAGAAAUAUCCGUACCCAUGCAUCUGCGCCUUCCAUUUUGUUAACCUAAUGAUGCAUAAAAACACCGUAUACCCCUCCGUGCUCGCCGCAGGAAAGAGCGACAGCACCAGUCUGUUGCUGGACCUUGGAUGCUGCAUGGGAACGGACGUGCGCAAGCUCGUCCGCGACGGCUACCCCGCCUCGCAGGUCCUCGGGUGCGACCUCCGCCCCGAAUACAUCCAGCUCGGACACGAGCUCUUCGGCGACGCCUUCACCUGCCCCGUCCGCUUCUUCACCUCCAACGUCUUCGACCUCCCACUGCCCUCUGAGUUGAGCGCCGACGCCGACGCCAUCGCCGCGCCCCCCGACCCGGCGGCCGUUUCGGAUUUAGGGCAGCUGCGCGGCGCGCUCACGCACAUCUACACGGGCGCGCUGUUCCAUCUGUUUGACGAGAAGACGCAGUAUGGGCUGGCUGUGCGGAUCGUGACGCUCUUGAAGCGCCGUCCGAGUGGGGUAGUGUUUGGCCGCCACGCGGGUCUGGUGGAGGAGGGAUAUAUCGACGACCAUCUAGGACGGAAGCGCUACGGUCAUUCCGAGUCGUCCUGGCCGCGCCUUUGGAAGAAAGCGUUUGCGGAAGUGGAGGGCGAGGAGUUCGCGAGGAGGGUCGUCGUCGAGGCCAAGCUGGAGGCCGCGUUGGGGGCACAGGCACCAGUCGACCUGCGUCGUACGCAGAUGCUCUACUGGAGCGUGAGCAUUGUAUGA